GGGCUGCUCCUCCCGACGCGCUGCUCGUUGAGCAGAAGCUCCUCGGAGAGGCCGCGGGGGUUGUUGCACGGCUCGAGGGUUUAAAGGCGUGAUCGACACGGGAGAAGAUGGGGUUUGAAAAAUGGCUGAAGAUGGCAAUGAGGAGACAAUGUUUAUUUGGUGCGAAGACUGUGGGCAGUACCAUGAUUCAGAGUGUCCUGAACUGGGCCCAGUGGUGACAGUAAAAGACUCCUUUGUAUUGAGCAGAGCCAGAUCAUCUCUGCCUUCCAAUUUGGAGAUAAGACAACUGGAAGACGGGACUGAAGGUGUGUUUGCCCUGACUCAGCUAGUGAAGCGUACCCAGUUUGGCCCAUUUGAAUCCAAGAGAGUUGCCAAACUGGAAAAAGAAUCAGUUUUUCCUCUGAAGGUGUUCCAGAAGGAUGGGCCCCUACUGUAUUUUGAUACCUCAAAUGAAGAUGAUUGCAACUGGAUGAUGAUGGUGCGACCAGCCACCGAAUAUGAACAUCAGAACUUAACUGCCUUUCAGCAUGACAGUGAUAUUUACUUCACCACCUCCCGGGACAUUCCACCAGGAACUGAGCUGCGAGUGUGGUAUGCAGCUUUUUACGCCAAAAAAAUGGAAAAGCCAGUGCUGAAGCAGGUCACUAGUAUUGCCAAUGAUAUGUGCCUGGUAGUAAUGGAAUAUGAUAAGGAAGGGAACAAAAUCUCUUCAAAGCCUUCAUCUGCUGUCUUCCCUCAUAAAAAAGCGAAGAAAUCCAGCAUACCAGUAGCUGAUACAGCAAUGAACACUCCAGAAGGCAGUGGAUCUGCAGAAGCAGAGUCCAGCCAGUGGACGUGUAAAGUGUGUUCAUCUGCUUUCCAGGAGCCUCAGCUACUGACGGAGCAUUUGCUGAGUCACCUGGAACAAGCCAAAGGUGCCCCCCAAACAAGCCAAAAUGAGGUUGUUCCAGAGAAAGCAACAGAGACUCCCUCUGUGGAUCAGCCCACAGUUUGUGAUAAAACUACUACUGCCAGUGCAGACUCAAGAAGGAAGGCCAGACGGGGAAGAAAGCCAAAAACAGCAAAAGCAGAAACACCCCUUGUCAUUGUUAAAGAGAAAGAUCCUGCAGUGGAACGUGUAGCUGAAAUUGUAACUGAGGUCCCACCUGAUGAGGUAGCCCUACCUUCAGCUGCAGAAGAGAGGAUUAUGGAAUUGGUUUUAGGAAAGAUGCCUAGCACCACAAAUAGCAUCAGUUCAGUGACAAAUAGGUUUGCUCAUCACCAAAACACCAUGUCCCUCAAAAGAAGUUUAAUUCUCUCCAGUAGACAUGGUAUACGUCGGAAGCUGAUAAAACAACUUGGGGAGCACAAACGAGUCUAUCAGUGCAGUAUCUGCAGUAAGAUCUUCCAGAACAGCAGCAACCUCAGCAGGCACAUCCGUUCUCAUGGUGACAAACUAUUUAAGUGUGAGGAAUGCGCAAAGCUGUUCAGCCGUAAAGAGAGCUUGAAGCAGCAUGUUUCAUACAAGCACAGCAGGAAUGAAGUUGACAGUGAGUACAGGUACAAGUGUACCACAUGUGAAAAGGCCUUUCGGAUAGAGAGUGCAUUGGAAUUCCAUAACUGCAGGACAGAUGACAAGACAUUUCAGUGCGAGAUGUGUUUCAGAUUCUUUUCUACAAACAGUAAUCUCUCAAAACACAAGAAGAAGCAUGGAGAUAAGAAGUUUGCAUGUGAAAUCUGCAAUAAGAUGUUCUACCGAAAAGAUGUCAUGCUGGACCAUCAAAGACGACACUUGGAAGGAGUACGGCGUGUGAAAAGAGAAGACUUUGAGCACAGCACGGAAAACAUGGUUCGCUACAAGAAGGAGCCUUCAGGAUGUCCUGUGUGUGGGAAGGUGUUUUCAUGUAGGAGCAAUAUGAAUAAGCACCUUCUAACACAUGGAGACAAGAAAUACACCUGUGAAAUCUGUGGACGUAAAUUCUUCAGGGUGGAUGUCUUGAGAGAUCACAUUCAUGUCCAUUUUAAGGACAUAGCGCUAAUGGAUGAUCACCAGAGGGAAGAGUUCAUUGGUAAAAUUGGAAUCUCAUCAGAGGAAAAUGAUGACAACUCUGAUGAAAGUGCAGAUUCUGAGCCUCACAAGUAUAGCUGCAAAAGGUGCCAGUUAACUUUCGGCAGAGGGAAAGAGUAUUUGAAGCACAUAAUGGAUGUGCACAAGGAGAAAGGCUAUGGCUGUAGCAUUUGUAAUCGACGUUUUGCGUUGAAGGCAACUUACCAUGCUCACAUGGUCAUUCAUCGGGAGAACCUACCUGAUCCUAAUGUGCAGAAAUACAUCCAUCCAUGUGAAAUCUGUGGAAGGAUAUUUAACAGUAUAGGGAAUCUGGAAAGACAUAAGCUUAUACAUACAGGUGUAAAAAGUCAUGCUUGUGAACAGUGUGGCAAAUCAUUUGCUAGAAAAGACAUGUUAAAAGAACACAUGCGAGUCCAUGAUAAUAUCAGAGAAUACUUGUGUGCAGAAUGUGGCAAAGGAAUGAAGACAAAACAUGCACUUCGGCACCACAUGAAACUUCACAAGGGGAUUAAAGAAUAUGAGUGCAAGGAAUGUCACCGCAAAUUUGCACAGAAAGUGAAUAUGCUGAAGCAUUACAAAAGACACACAGGAAUCAAAGAUUUCAUGUGUGAGCUCUGUGGGAAGACAUUCAGUGAGAGAAACACAAUGGAGACUCAUAAGCUGAUUCAUACAGUAGGAAAACAGUGGACAUGUUCGGUUUGUGAUAAGAAGUAUGUCACUGAUUACAUGCUCCAGAAGCACAUCCAACUCACUCAUGACAAGGUAGAAGCCCAGAGCUGUCAGCUGUGUGGGACAAAGGUUUCUACCAGAGCAUCCAUGAGCCGACAUAUGAGGCGUAAACAUCCAGAGGUUCUUUCAGUGAGAAUUGAUGAUUUAGAGCAGCUGCCAGAAACUACGACCAUUGAUGCCUCCUCGAUUGGGAUUGUUCAGCCGGAAUUAGCUUUGGAACAGGGAGAGUUACCAGAAAGUAAACAGCAUAUGAAAGCUCCUAAACGUGGCCAGAAACGAAAGCAAAAGCCAGGUGAGGAGGAGGAAGCUCAAGUGCCUGAGGACCCUGCCUUCAGUGAAUACACAGAGAAGGAAGCUGAAUUCACAGGAAAUGUCGGCGAUGAGACUAAUUCAGCAGUACAGAGUAUUCAGCAGGUGGUCGUGACCCUCGGCGAUCCAAAUGUCACAGCCCCUUCCAGUUCCGUUGGGCUGACAAAUAUCACUGUUACCCCCAUUACUACAGCAGCUGGAACCCAAUUCACAAACCUGCAGCCAGUGGCUGUGGGCCAUCUGACUGCACCUGAACGCCAGUUACAGCUGGACAACUCAAUUCUCACUGUGACAUUUGAUACCGUCAGUGGUUCUGCUAUGCUGCACAACCGCCAAAAUGACAUUCAGAUCCAGCCACAGCCAGAGACAGCCAAUCCUCAGUCUGUAGCCCAUUUUAUAAAUCUGACGACGUUAGUGAACUCUAUUGCUCCUCUAGGGAACCAGAUAACAGAACAGCAUCCUCUGACAUGGAGGGCGGUGCCCCAAACUGAUGUCUUGCAGCCCCAGGCGCAGCCAACGCAACAGCAAUCAGGACAGCAACAGGUUCAAACAGAGCAACAACAGAUGUAUAGCUACUAAUUUAUACUUGAAAAAAAUUUGAAAUGGACAGUACUUAGAGACAAAAACACAAACAUUUGGAAAAUUUCUAAUAGGAUUGUUUGCUGGAUACCAAACAGAGAUGUGAAAAUGUUUAUACAAUGAAAUGUAAGCUAAAAUUGGCCUAGUACCCUGCAACACCCUAAUCUCAAGAUUCUCACAUCAUCUCUAGAUAUUGCACUGUCUUUAAAGAAAAAAGAGGAAAAUGAAAAAAAUCUCAUACUAAAUUUAGCACCCCCUUGCACUGUGUAUUUUGUGCAGUAAGACUGAGAUACAACAGGAGCAUCACAAUACAUCUUAACCAAAGCAGGGAAAUCCUAAAUGAUAUGACAGUGAUGAUUUACAAAACCCUUUUAGCCAUAACAUGUCAUUUCUUUCCAGUCUGGUAAUUAAAUAUGGAGACCUUGUUCACAGUGAGCUGGAAUGCACUUGUGGCCACCUUGUAGAGACUGAAAUGUAAAGUCACAAAUGGGCAAAACAAUAAUUGUCUUGGUUUUUUUCUUCUUUAGGUCUUGUAUCUAACAGCGUUGGUAAAGUAGGUGGAGGUUGGGACUUGGGGUGGGGGAUGAGUGUGGUGUGGAAGAAAAUGUAUCCAAUUUCACAAACUUUCCAUGUAAGCGAUGGGAAAAACCCUGUACCCAUAACACAGUGUUAGUACUACUUGAAUCAGAUAGCUGGUCUAAUGCUAAAGCAACUUUAAUGGUCUUCUAGCCAGGUUUGAUGCAAAACAGUUAUGAAGUGAAACCAGAAUGUGAUACAAUUUUAUGUAAUUUUUCAAAACUGCUCUUUGAAUAUUGCUUUUAGCUAAUAGGCCUGAAGAGCAAUCAGUCCCUUUUGAUCAAGUUCGGGAUGUGAAUUUUUAUCAAUUAGUCUUUCAUUGUGUAAUAAACAUUUGAGAAAGCAUUUUUAUAUAUACAUAUAUAGCCUUUGUAUGUUACUAUGUGUUCCUGGUGAAUAUUUGUGUGAAGAACACUGUUACCAAUGUGAUCCAUUAAUUUUUUCAUGUCAUAUUGCUCUUUCUUGCAGAAAUAGUGUGUGGAUUCUGCUCCUUCUAUUUCUAAAGUUUAUAGCCACACACAGACUGUGGGAAAUGCAAGUCAGAGAAAAGAAUAUCUGAGAUGUAUUCUGCCACAUGGAGGCAGUAUGCAUUAGUGCAUAAUGGACAAGGUUUGCAUGAAUGUUGGGAAUAUAAAUAAUGGGUUUGGCAAAAUACAUUAAUGCUGAUAGUGGAGUUUCAUUCCAUUCUCCAUGUAUUGAUGUGCAGUCUGGACUCUUGCAUAUCAAGAAGACAAUAUCCUUCCCACAAAGAAAAAACAUCUGAUAUCAAAAAGGAGCAAACUAAAAAAAAGUUUGAUACCUGGAAUUCUGAAAGGCAAAUCUGCCCGACCAGCUGUGGCUGAAGAACACAUUCCUUUGAGGCAGCAAACAGAGCCACAGAACCAAGCUAAAGAUUUUCUCUGAGGAUGAAGCAAUUCUGUGUUUGAUAGUGAAGACAGAAUGAUGGUUGUGAAAAUCCUUUCUGUGCCUUUCAUAUCAAUUAAGAUGUUCUAUUUAUUAGCAGAAAUAUGAUGAAGAAUGAGUUCAGCUGUGAAAGUCUGCAUUAACAUGGUCUACUUGACCUCUAAAGGAUGCCUUAUAAUCUCUACAACAAAUCCUUCUAAAGUAUAAAAGUUUAGAAAUUAAAUGUUACGCUCCCAUGGUUUUCUUGGUGCCACACCAGUGUCCAAAGGCCCACUAUGUUAGGCUCUGUGCAAAGCCUAAUUGCAAGAGGACACGUACAGGAAACUUUGUAAAUGUCAACAAGUCCACAGAAAGUUGGUAUGGGAGGGACCUAUAUGUGGGUAGGAUAAGGACACAUAUCGGAAAGAGAAAAUGUCACUUAGCAGUGUGGAAAAAGAAGGAACUCUCUUAUUCCUCAACCCCUUCUGACUUCCCCAGAUCCUUUUUACACAUUAGCAUGAAAUACUGUAUUUUUUUAAGCUUCCCCAUAUCCUCAGAAGUAGAGAUUUAUGGUCCUCUAUCACAUAGGUUAUUUCACGAUUGGCUCAGGCCAAAUGAAUUUCUCCUCGGCUGUCAUAUCCACCAGGUGCUUUCCUUUCAGAGCAAACCCAGUCGUCAAAAGGAAGCUAGAUUUUAUUUAUGAAACAUUGUUUAUGUACUUAAAACUUUUUUCAUUGCACUCAGUGCCUAAAUGGUAAAGGUGCACGUUAUCUUUUGUCAGGGUGAUUUUUUUUAAAAAAAAAAAAGAGAAAGGAAAGCAAAUGAGGUCCUAGAAUCAAGUUAUUGUAGUAAAUAAAAGGUAGUUAACAUCUAAAGAAUAUAUAUACUUAUAUAUGUACAUACAGGGUUAUAGUGCUGCAUGUAGACUUUCCAGAAGAUCUGUUUCUGAUUUAGACACAUGUAAUUGACGAUUAAAAUCAUUUUAAGUGGGGAAGAGGAGAUUUUUUGCGCUCACUGCAGAGUGAGUAUAUCUGCUCUGCGUUAAUACCACUAAUAGCAUUCAUGAUACAUUGAAUCAAGCUGAGUCAUUUUAACAUGUAAUUGCAUAACUAGUUGAUAAGAAUGCAUAUGCAGGUAAUCGCUCAUUGUGGAGACUGCUCCAACUGUACAAAACCAAAUGUGAUCCUCUGGUUCCCUCUUUUGGCCAGCUAGCAUCCCUCAACAUCUUACUGGCCUGCAGAAUCCCAUGUGAGCUAGUUAGCAUCUCGUCUUUCUGAUAAUGAUUGAUUCUAACUGAUUAAAACAGGAAUGAUCAGAAAAUAAAUGCUUAAGUGUGGGUGAUCACAUAAAAAAGAAAUGUCUCUAUUCAGUCUUUCAGUAUCCCUAAAAUCUUAAAUCAUAUUCUGCCUCAGGACGGAAAAAUAAUCAUCAUCGGAAAAAGCUUUCACUAGCCCAUUUUGAUAUGCCUGAGUCAAAAAAAGAACAACAAAAUGUUCUUUUUAAAUCUUGACUUUUCCUGCAACAAUCACUAUAGUAUCUCAUCUUCUUUCAGCUUGAUAUUACUAUUACUACAGUUAUUGACAUCCCUAAGAGACAAAACUGUAUCCUGACUGCUGCAACAUGCAAAAUUUCAGAACAAAUCAUGUUUCUGAAGAAGUUGGAAAUGGAUUUCUCUUCAGAUAAACCUUACUUUAGAUAAAUAAUGAAUGCCAGCCAUGCUCCCAACUAAGCCUUUUUCAGAUGAAUACCAAAGUUAUACUGAUGCUGUUUCAAAUUGCACAACAAAUAAAAAUAUGUAAGGGAUAUGCAAUCCAAA